AUGUCCUUGGCCCAGCAUGUCUCGGCAGUUGAAGGCAUCGAUCACGAACCGGAGCCCGGCGACGUGGGCUUCGACACGGAUAGCAUCCGGGCCUUCCCUCGAUUGUCCAGACAGCCGAGUAUAACGCUGAGCAUCAGCUAUGACCCUAUCCCACCCGCGGCGGGUGACAAGUCCGCCGGGGGUGAAAAGUUAGAACCCAUUGCCGCCUAUGAGGUGAGCCCUAAGAAACGAAUAGCCCAGAUAGUGAUUGGUGUUAUCGCGUGUGUGACAGCCUCGGGCAUCACGUUUGGAUUCGACGCCCUGAAAACCAUCCUGGUGGCAGAAGGUGUCUACAAGGAUCUGUGCACGGAAAAGGAACUGAGGAAAGGCGUCAGGCUGUGUUACCUACAGGAUCAAAGGCUAAAUCUAACGUUCAUCAUCGCCUCCGUCACGACCAACAUCUCGGCCCUUCUCGUCGGCGGUAUCCUCGACCGGUACGGCCCGCGGGUAUGCGGCAUCAUCUCAUCAGUGUUUCUCGCCUUGGGCUCGCUCUGUCUGGCAUUCGCCGAACCGCUGCCCUUCGACGGCUACAUUGUGGCCUCAUUCCUGCUGGCACUAGGCGGCACAUUUACCUUUGUGCCAUCCUUCCACCUGUCCAAUGCCUUUCCGCGCCUCCAGGGCCUGAUCCUCGCCCUUGUGACUGGCGCGUUCGACGCUUCUGCAAGCGUGUUCCUCCUCUUCCGGAUCCUCUAUCAAUCCACCUCCGGGGCCGUCUCCCUCCGCCAAAUCUUCCUCGUCUACCUCCUCACCAUCCCGACGUUCAUCUUGGUCACGCAGAUCUUCAUCAUGCCUGCCCAAUCCUACCAAACCCGCGGCGAACUGGCCGAGAAGAUGGACCGUGCCCAGGACGCCACGACCGACCUGCACGACUCGGACGACGACCUGGACCUCACAGCCACGGACCUCAUGCGCAUGCGGUCCCACCGCGCCGAGCAAAGGAGGAUGUCCAUCGCGAGCAUCAACGACCUGCUGGGAACGCCCGCCCAACAAGUCAAGCACGUCAAGAAGGAAGACACGAUCCGCGCGAACUCGGGCGUGUGGGGCGUGCUGCACGGCUUGCCCGCAUCGAAACAGAUCCGCACCCCGUGGUUCAUUCUCAUCACACUGUUCACGGUCCUGCAGAUGGCGCGCUUCAACUUCUUCAUCGCCACCAUCUGGUCGCAGUACGUGUACAUGCUGAACAGCGCCGCCGAGGCGACCAAGCUGAUCGAAUACUUCGACCUGGCGCUGCCGAUCGGCGGCAUCGCCACCGUGCCCUUCAUCGGCGCCCUGCUGGACCACACGAGCACCGUCGCCGUGCUGAACCUGCUAGUCCUGCUGAGCACCAUCAUCGGCGUGCUCGGCGCGGUGCCGACCGUGUGGGCCGCCUACGCCAACGUUACACUUUUCGUCCUCUUCCGCCCGCUGUAUUACUCCGCCAUGAGCGACUACGCGGCCAAAGUGUUCGGCUAUGCGACCUUCGGGACGGUGUACGGCGCAAUCAUCUGCCUGAGCGGGCUGUUCACGUUCACACAAUCGGGCCUGCAGGCUCUAUUGCAUGAGGUCUUCGAGGACGAUCCCGAGCCCAUCAACCUGGGCCUCGCCACCGCGGGGCUCGUCCUGGGCGUGAUACUGGUCAUGUACGUGGACAUCAAGGGCCGGGAUCUGCAGCGACAAAAGGCCAUCGCCGCGGCGCAGGCUGCUCAGCACGCUUCGAAUAUGGCGGACGAGUGGACUCGUCUGCUGAGCGUGCCCCAGGGGCAGCGAUCCGCGUACGGCAGCGCGAGGAGCAUGGGCAGCGUGCUUGGGCCGAACGGCUCCGUGCCCGUCUCGAUCCCGACCGGCGCGUUCGGCACGGGAGGCGGGAUCGGCGGCGCGUUCGGCACCAGUCCCAGCAUGACGGGUGCGUUUGCCGGCCUCAGUGCCGGCGGUGGUGCUGCUGGGGUGGGUGCAAAUGGUAAUCCUGCUCCCCAUGGGAGUAUCUCUGGCGGUGGUGGUGCGAAUCUCCCUCCUGGCAUGGGCGGCGCGUAUUCCGUCGGCAUGGGCGGCCCAGGGAUGGGCGAAGACACAGGUGCGGCUGAACGAAUGCGGAUCCUGCACGCGACGCCGAGUCGGUCGCAGCUGCAUCGCAACCUGAGCACCGUGCAGGAAAGUGCGCGCGAGGAUAGCCUCGCCAGCGGGAGUACGAGUGCAGGGCAGUCGGUGCAAUAA